GUAUACCAGCUUUUUUUUUUAUAUCUUCACACUGUUAACCCCUCCCCCCAGACUGGAUUUUAUUUUAUUUUUUUGUAAAUAAAUUUAUUAUUGUCCGUCAACGAAAUAUUCUUUUUCUCUUGAAACUCUCUCCCCUCUCUAUUUAUUUAUUUUAAUAUGCUUCGUACUGCUGCUCUUCGUACACGUGUUAAUGCUACUCGUAUUAUUGGUCGUCGUAAUGCUUCGACUAAUAUUGCAAUUCAAAACAUCGAAACUCGUUGGAAGACCCUUUCCACUGCUGAACAAAACACAAUCGCUAAGCAACUUGAAGAAGCACAAAAGGGUGAUUGGAAAUCUCUUUCUCUUGAUGAAAAGAAAGCUGCUUAUUACAUUGCCUUUGGUGCCCAUGGUCCUCGUGAGCCCUUAACUAAGCCUGGCCAUGGUAUGAAAGUUUUAGCUGGUGUUACUGGUGUUCUUGCUGCUUCUGGAGUUCUUUUCUAUCUCAUUCGUCUAGGUGCCCAAGAAACACCUAAAACAGUUAGCAGAGAAUGGCAAGAAGCUACAAAUGAAUAUCUUAAGAGCCAAAAUUCCAAUCCUGUCACUGGUAUUUCUUCAGAAGGUUACAAAGGAACUGGCUAUGUCACCAAAUUCUAAUAAACAGCUUAUUAAUUUUAUAUUCUAUUUUACUGUAAAAAAAAAAAAAAAAAAAGAAACAAAGAAA